UACCGCCUAUCGGACAUUCGCGUUUCGGGCCCGAUCCCGACUGCAUUGAUUCUGCCUGUAUCGUCCUGUCUGUUGCACGAUGCCUGUAUCGUCCUGUCUCCCUAUUAUAGAAGUGUGUGACAGUUGUCGAUUCUCAUUCUGCUCUAACAUAUAUUUAAGUAGACGAGUAUCAUGUUUAUGCAUACCUCAUUCAUUGCUCUCGCUGUGUUGGUGAACAGGCCGCGAUUUGAAUGUUGGUACAAUCACUGAAAAUAACAGAUGUUUUCCAAUCAUAAUCCGCCGGAGAAAGGCAGUGCUGGCACGUCGGCCGCUGCGCAUCAACAGUGGCAGCAGGGGAACGCCACGUCUUCCGGCUUUUUUGGAACCACUUUGGUACAUCGACCGGUCACCGCUGGAGGUCAAUUCGCCAAUAAUUAUCCGAACGCAGUGAAUGCGCAUGCGAAGAAUGCACCAAGCGUGCUCGCUCCCACCGUGACUUCGUCCAACGAAAGAGCCACGACCGUCGAGUCGGUCCAUGAGGCGCUGGAGAUUCAGAUCCUUCGCGACCAAAAAACGGGUCGGCUUGGAUCAUUGCCUCCCAGCGCCAGCAGCACGACUUCUUCUAGCGCCACGUCGUUGUAUUCGAAAAAUGUUGCGACCAAGAACCGUACUACAGGUGGUGCGAGCGCUGCUGCAAGCUUGGUCGUCGGUGGUGCUCAAAGAGGUUCCUACUUCGAUCUUCAGCAACAAGGACAACAUCAUGAAAUAGACCACACCACAGAGACAGUAACUUCACCGCUCUACCGCCUAUCGUAUGACUCGACGGGGUGGAUGAGAAUUUUCAGGUGCCGGUUUGGUGACGAUUUCAAAAAAACAAAAAUAAAAACUUUCUAUUUCCAGAGCUGACCCGGGCCCAUCCCCACAUGUUUUUGUGGUGUGUGUGGAUGUGUAACGGGUUCGUUCCAAAUAUGGGCCGCGGGUGCGCUCAUCCUAGGGUCAAGCCGCAGCGGUUUUGAUUCUGGGUGUGUGUCCUGCCUUGUUGCGGGUUUUGGCGUCCUCCCCUUUAGGCGGGGUCGGCAAGCUUCGCUUCUCCUUUCGGCUUAGUGGGGGCACAGCAUGUGCACAAUCUUGCUCGGCGCGCAGGUUGACGGACCCGUGGUGUCUCCUUGCUGGUUGGUUGGUAGUCUCGUGACAGAUGAGUGACGGUUUGUGGGAAGGAUAUUUGACGUUCCGGCGACGGUUUGUGACGGUUGUUUGACGGUUUGUGACGGUUUCGUCAGAAAUUCCGCUAAAACGGAGCAUACCAUCGGGGAAGAAAAACUGUCACUAACCAAAUUGGAACCGCCUUCCAACUUGUGACGGUUCUGUCACCAUUCCGUCAAAUUGCGUCAUUUCAUUCUUGGGCUACCUGAGGGCCUACCUAGCUACUUACCACCAAAGGCGCCCAUGGGAAACGUCAGGCGGCAACCCAGAAUAUGGCCAACGUCCAGCCGUUGCGCGCCCCUGCGUUGGCUGGUGGGAUGCCAGUCGUUGGGCAUUUGGGGUUUGCCCUUUCGUCUUUUUGUGUUAUGGGGGCCCACACAAUUUUCAACGCGUGUGGCGACAUGCGUGCACGCUCCCCAGGCAGACACUGUCCUGGGGUAGGACCAAUGGUGCUUCGCGGUGUGUUUCGCGGCAUGGCUUUGCCGCCUAUCGCCCGAAGCUAUCGUAGUGCCGAGCCACAGUAAAAUUUUCGCUUUUCUUUUUUCAAAACGUCACGAAACCGUCAGACCAUGUAACUCAUCACGAGCCGUCAGGUUGAACUAUCGGACAUUCGCGUUUCGGGCCCGAUCCCGACUGCAUUGAUUCUGCUCGCGACCGAGCACGGCCCGCCCGGCGUCUUCUUUCACCGCAAUACCGGCGUUGCCAGUGUGGCGAUACAAGUCACCGACGACAGCCAGGGCUUUUUCCCCUUCCUGAGCCGCGUCUCGGCUUUCCACGUCACCUGGGAAGCCCGCGCGAGGGACGCAGGACUGAAGACGAACCUUCCGGCGGGGGCGAAUAGUACCAGUGCCGGUCGACUAAAUGGAAGUUCGUCUUCCGGUGGUGGUCGCCAAAUUAUGAAUGCGUCGAAGAACGUGGUUGGCGGUGCCGCUGCCAUCCCGGCUAUACCGCCAAAAAAAUUGAUCGAGGAACAUCUGCCCAUGGUUUUCGUCGGCCAGAUCUUGGUUCUCAGAGACUGCAAAUCCGAAAUCAAAAAGCCGAGGUUCUGCAAACUCACCGCCGGGAGCUAUCGGGUUCUGAGCCCGGUGGAAGAACAGGAGAUUUUGAGAAAUGAGGAGUCGACUGCAAGUGCUCCACUGAACGCGAACACCAGUAGGUCACUUUUCACUUCGCAAGAGCUUCACCGAAUCCGAGAGUUGAUUGCCUACCGCGGUUGUGUGUUGCGGAAUUCAAAAGACUCCGUGCACGCGGUUUACGGAUACCUCCGGGACGACGACAUUUAUGCCAGUCUCAAAAAGACGGCGGCGAACAUGUUUCGGCUGAGGCUGUUGACGAGAAGAAAAUCAAGUAAAUCGUCUCGGUGCUUGGGACUGUUGCAGAAAACAUCACAGGGCGAGAAUCGUCCACAACACGAGAGGAAUGUCAAACAGCAGCAGACAAAUAUUACCAGAAGCAAACUAAUUAUGGAGAGAAAAAAGUUUGUCACAGUCACUACCUUGCACUUGCAGGUUUUGCAUUACAAAUUCUUUCAGCAUCACAGCUUUUCUUUGUAUUGCAGAAACACUAGGGAAAUCCCUUAUGAAGUUUGGCUGUGAUGCAUUUUUACGCAUGACAGAAAAUUUUGUAUUGCAAAAAUGCGCAUGAGUGAUCGUGACGAACUUUUUUUGUUUGAUACUAAUCGACAUCAAAUCGCGGCACGAAAACAACGACUUUUUUCUUUUGAAAAAUCUGGACCGAGCAUCCCGAACCGGGGCCGUGGUAAGAGUCGUCGUCAACAAUAGCAAUAGCGGCGGUUCGGGUUCGGAUAAAAUCAACGCACUACAGACAGAUCUUGUUUUGAGCAGCAGGCAAUGUCAAGCGGUGGAUACUGUAUUCCAAUCGACAACGGACCGCGUGACGCUCGUGCAUCCGGACUUCUUUUGCGCGCAGCAGGAGCAGCAAAACAACUUGAGGUCGUACAGAAAUGAACAACUGCAGCUGCACCACGACGAGAACCACGCCCCGCAUCAAAUAGUAAACUCAAGCGAAGGGGUGAAAAUGGUUGACAGUGAAGAAAAGAACGGAAAUAAAACUUUUUUUCUGCAAGCCGAAAUAGUGAGUCAGUUUGGAGGUGGCACCAGCUGUAACGCCUUUUUUUCCUCGUCACGAGGCUCUGGCUCCUCUGUCGCUGCAGCACCAACGGGAGCUCUUUCUAUGUCCGUCCGUGACUUCAAGACUUUUCUCCGCCGAAAAUAUUUUCAACCAGCAGUCGACGCGUCGGAUUGCUUGGUUGCGAAGAUUCAGGAGCAGUUGCGCAAGAGGAAGAUCCAGGGGAGAUCGCAGAGGAGUCAAGCACCAGCAUAUGGGCAGCAGGAAAACGAAAUGAGCCAUUUAGGCGAGGAUGUGGAAAUGAAAGCAGCCAUCGACGCUGGCAAUAACGUUGUUGAGAAUGGACGAGGUGGAUCGUGCAGGGUCGACGAUCCUACUAGUAGCUACGACCCUACUGCGAGGACUGCAUCAAAUGAUUCAUCUUCUUGCAGCAGCCAGCACCAGUACAUAAUUGUCAACUACGACGAAUGUACCUUCCUUGGUGGUGGCCGUGUGGAGUUACCACCGUACGAACAGCAAGCGCGGACGCGACCAGGUAGCAGCAGUAAUAUCAGCACCUUUUUCGCCAGUACUGCCAAUUCGUCCACAGAGAGACCCAAACUCUUUGCCGAGCACGGCCGCGUGGAUCAUUUUUACGUCGCGGCCUGGGAGCUCAGAACGUCACGAAAUCCGAAAACAUUACAUAAGUCUGGCGUUCCACCGAACCAGGAAGCCAGCGGGGGGCCGUCGUCCAGCGCGUGUUCUGGUUCUGCUGGGAAGACGAAUCUUGACCAGCUUGGACAAGAUGAGAACUCCAUCAUCGUGUAUUCCGAUGAGCUGGAAGAUAUGCUCGCGCCCUUGUUUGAAGACGACGAAGAGUUCGCACUGAUGUGUACUACCUCUAUGCCCCCAGCAGCAGGGAUGAAUCAUGGAAGCUCAAGCUGCGCGGGAGGUUCGUCUUCUGUCAUCUUCGAGAAAGCAAUGGAGCGACUGUUUCAGCCCGAGGUCGUUCCUCUUCCAGAAGCAGACCUCCAAAAGGAUCCGAACAGACAACAAGAUGGAACACGCCUGCAGUGUCCUCGUGGUCCAGUAGGAACGAGAAACCACGAUCAACCUCAGCAACUUCCUCCUAGUAGCUGCGUGGUCGGCAACAUCAACUCGUUUUCCGUUGUUCAGCAGCAUGACAGAUCUAUUUCCUCCGCGAACUGCGAAGUGAAUAGUACCACGUCGAACGGCACAUCCUCGAAGGCAACGAGCAAAUCGAAUGCGACACCAUCACGAGGAACUUCAAAUCGAGCAGCAAGUCUCUUCCCCGGGAAGGGCACGGUGUGUGUUUCCCUCGGAAUGGAUGGAAGAUCUGUCCCCGGUCCGCACGCAAUUCCGUUGGGGGAGACUAUUUUCCGAAACGCGUACAAAAUCACGCUGACUGAAAUCUUUGAGCGAGGAACACAAACUGAGCUUGCGAUGAAGUUCACUGAUGUAGAUGAUCACCAUCACCAUGGAAGAACUCACCUUGAAGAUGCUUCUGCCGCGGAAAAUUAUCAUGAUAAGGCUGACGAAGCAGAAGCAGAUGUCAUAAUGCAGGAUUGAAAUGGAAAACCUGUCCGCAAUAGGUGCUGCGCGAAUGACUUGGACAUAGAGUGCUC